CUCUAUAGUAGCAAAAUGUCUAAGAACAUCUGCAUCUCCCUGGUCACAGCACCCUAUGUUUAUGGCUUUGUCAAUGGUCUGAUACAAACUAUCUUGAUGCUCCAUCUAUCCUUCUGUGGCCCUAAUGUGAUUAACCACUUCUACUGUGCUGACCCACCUCUCAUGGUCCUAGCCUGCUCAGACACUUAUGUCAAAGAAACUGCCAUGUUUGUAGGUGCUGGUUCCAACCUCAUCUGUUCUCUCAUAAUCAUCCUCAUCUCUUAUAUGUUUAUCUUCAUGGCCAUCUUGCGCAUCCGUUCAACUGAGGGCAGACGGAAAGCUUUCUCUACCUGUGGCUCCCAUCUGACAGCAGUCACUAUUUUUUAUGGGACUCUUUUCUUCAUGUAUUUAAACCCUCCCUCAGAGACAUCUAUAGAACAAGGGAAAAUCGUAGCAGUUUUCUAUAUUUUCGUGAGUCCUAUGUUAAAUCCCUUGAUCUAUAGCCUAAGGAAUAAAGAUGUAAAAGAUGCUAUGAAGAAAAUUAUCAAAAGGAAUUUACAGGCUAAAUAA